CAGCUUAGCGAUUCCUAUAGCCCCCUGCUAGCGACUCAUCAAGCUAUCCAACGCAAGCUUAGUUAUUCCUAGUCUCCGUCCACCACGUCUAUGUCCUAGGACCAGGUCCCCAAUUACUCCCGGAGCAUUGCUCAUGGGAGGGAGCCGAUCGCACGGUGCCUUGCGAAGGAUUGAGUACAGCACUUUGCAAAGUCGUUGCCAUCUUGUUUUCCUCCUCGUCUCGCCACCAGCAUGGCCUUGGAUGACCACGGUAGGUAGGUAUUUCAGCUCUGCUUGGAAGUAUACGGCAUACGGCAUACUUUGUACAAUUUCCGUCUCCGUCUAUAUUUCUAUAUUUCUCCGUCUACCAAACCAACUGGGAUGAUCCGUCUUGAUACAGAGAUCUUCGCAACGAUAUGGCAUUGAAACAUAUCAACCUGUGACCCCGCAGUCCCUAGCGUCUCUUUAAAGUACGUUACUUGGUACCUAGUUGCCACACUCAGGUACAGAACCCCUCGCGCAGUUUCUGGUAAAGGUUUAAAUGGACUAAUUUUGGAAUCCCAGCUUGGAGAUACAGUAUAAAAGGUUGAUUUCCUAGGUACCAAUACAGUCUUCUGAUUGGAAGAUUCCACCGGAGAGCGAGUUUUACCAUAGAAGGUCGAGGGUCUAGGUAAAACACUCCCCCGCGCUUCAUCUGACAUACAAUACACCAGCUCCGGAAACAAGGCAAGGGAGUCUACUUCCUACAGAUGAUAAUUGUAGGGAAAGAGUCGGUUUUUGUCCACUACGCUACCUACGACUGCAAACUGCUAAUUUUUCAUACAUAUAUAUUUUCCAAGACUACUUAGGUAUGUUUGACAGGUCCACUCCUACCAGUACAAUAAGUACUGCAGUACGGUACUGUACAGUACUAGUAUUUCCAAGUUGGCAUAUCAAUGCCCUGGAGCCAUUGCAUAAGGAUGUCAUCCCAUGGUCCGGACAUCGUGUGAACUGUCCACAGUGUGCAACGACACUCCAGGUUCGUCCCUCCAUUAAAAUCCUCAGAGGUCUGCUGACACCGCGGUCCUGCGAGUAAGUAUAGCCAAGCCACAAAGCUCAAAGCUCGAAGCUCGAGGUUAUGGGGAUACUCAUGGUAUCCAAGCACGGAGUACUCACAAAGUAUUGUUUGGAGUCCAGGUCCUCUUGCGGUAAUACGGAGUAAUUCAUACUGGCUCAUUGUUCACCAGCACACCAUGUCUCAAUCACGGGAGAUACCAGCAACCAACUCAAGUCCCAGCUCGAUCGCGAGCUGGCUACGAAGUACUUCUACUUCUAGAAGUAGAAGUACUUAUUGGUAAUUUGGUCGAAAUCACGCGAUCUGGUCUGUGCUAAACAGCGGACAGCCUGGUCUAAAACUGGCACGAUUCCCGACAAUCUGAAGAAGACCCGACGAUAGGAAAACUCCCGGCGAUUCGAAAUAUGCCACCGGUGCUAGUACCCAUGCGUGCAGCAAUUCCGAAUAUGCAAUCUUUGAAGUGACCGAUCCAGCUUACCAUCUACUUUACCACACGAUCUCCGUGUCUUAAGUCCAACAUUCUAGGCCGCGUGUCCACUUGGUCCGCUCGCUUAAGCUUUCAAGACGGCAGCAUAGUCUUGGAGGUGCUUAUAUUAUAUUUUAAUAUAAACAAAUCCAGACUUGUGCACUCCAAGUAGAUUCUACUAGCGUAUUGACCAUUUACACAAAGCGACAUGUCCCUUACUCGUCCCUGGUGCAGUACCGUAUUCCCAUGCUGCUUCUCCUCGCAUAUUCCACGCUGAUUGGUCCAUCAAGCGAGAGAUCAUUUUUUAAGGUUUAAUAUUCAAACGGCGGGUAAGGGAAGAACGCUUGGAUACCCAUAUUUCUUGUUCAACAUUUGUGUUUUGUCUGGAACACAAACCCCCGGGUUUGAUCCAUUAGAGUUUGCUAAGGUUUGGUAGAGGCCAUCUCCCGGGCCCGCCUUAUCCUGACGAGGACUAGGAUAGUCAACCACCGUUUGAAGUGCUUCUUUGGGUACAGAGGUACGCAUUGCUUUCCUGUCAUUUCCUACCGAUGCCACGAGCAAGGUAGGCUGGUUGUUUAGGCAAUAAGGGGGUGAAAUAUGCAGUGGGGACCUCGGUGAAAAGCCAUCUACAAGGCUGAAGCCAAUGUGCUUGUUCGAAUUGAUAUAUCUUAUGUAUUUGCCAACUCCCUCUUCGAUACGUCGUAUUCAAGCUUCCACUCCCUCACUCUCUUUUUCCUUAAAUCACUUUGCCGACGUCAGAGUGCAGUAUGGCGCAAAAUGCAACCCAUUCGAGUAACGAGGCUCUGGAUCCUUGGGGUGGGAAAAUUGCCAAUCAACAACAGAUAAUCAUCACGGCGGCGGUUCUGUUAACGCAGUCAUGGUUUGCUCUAUCUCUGCGGAUGUUUGUUCGACUGAGACUCACCAAAUCAUUUGAGAUCGAUGACUGGCUCAUGGCGAUUUCUCAGGUGCGUUUUUGCGAUUGGUGUUGUUGGUGGGAUGAUAUGGGUUGGACUAACAUUCCUUUCUAGGCAAUUUAUACUCUGUUGUGUAUUUUUGUCAUCCGCAGUGUGCACUUUGGGCUGGGAAAACACAACUACGAACUAUCAAUAGAGAAUCAAAUUCUGGCGGGAAAAGUAAUGACAAGCAUCCAUCUUACCAUGGAAGAUACAUUCAACUAAUACGAUUCAGUGGAAAACACUCGCUACAUUGGUAUAUAUCAUCGACAUGGUCUUCAUCAAACUCAGUAUCGCCUUUUUCCUCCUCCGCAUUGCCACACGCAAACCAUAUGUCUGGGCCCUCAAGGUUAGCAUGGUGAUCAUCACCAUCUGGUCGAUCGUCACGUUUUUCUACUACGUCUUCAUCUGCACCCCCAUCGCCGCUCAAUGGGACCGCACAAUUCCCAAUCCUAGAUGUCAACCGGCCAUGAAUUUCGUGAUUGCCGCCUACUCGCUCGGAGGCAUGAGUAUCAUUAGUGAUUGGUUCUACGCCCUACUGCCGAUCCCUAUCAUUUUGGGACUGCAGAUGAAUAUGAGGGUCAAACUGACCCUGUGUUUUAUCAUGGCAUUGGGUGUCUUGUGAGUCCUCCCCGAACUUCUCACAAAUCUUUAAACACCGACUAAUCCUCCUCAGAGCAAGUGUAGCAGCCGUCUUCCGCCUCGCCUUCCUCUUCCACCUUUCAGAUAUCACCGAUCCUCUCUGUACGUUCCCCUCCCCCAUCUCAACCCUUCUCUACUAAUCCUCUCAAAACAGUCAAUACAACCCAAGCCAUGAUCUGGACCCUCGUCGAGCCCGGAAUCGCCAUCGUCGCCUCCUCCCUCGUAACCAUCAAGCCCCUCCUCCGCGCCCUCCGCUUCCGAGGCUUCGAAUCCUCCCCCCUCCGCGCAGCCUACGGCCGCUCACGCGGCGCCAACUACCGCAACGAGUUCUCGCACCUCGGCGGCGGCGAGAUGAGCACGUCCGUCUCCCGCGCGAAAGGCGGUCCUGGGACCGGUGCUGGUGCCCUCAACGUCGGGAAUGGGAGUAGUGGCAAGACCUCGCCGGCGCUGGGACGACGAGCCAGUUUGAUGGAUAAGUUUACUGGGAAAGGAACCCCGGAGCAGGAUCUGGAGAUGGAGGAGAGGAUUCUGGAGAGUGGCGGGACGGUGGGGAGCGGCAGUUUGGAGUCCGGGGGGAUUGGGGUGACGAGGACGGUGGAUGUGAGGAUUGAGACGGUGGGGGAGAAGAGUCCUGGUGUGAAGGCUGUGACGAAGGAGAUGUCGUGA